AUGAACCUUUCGUUAAACGAUUCUGAACUGAAAUACUGGAGCAACAGCCACGAAGUUUUAUGGAAUCGUUUUCUAGUGUUGUGCUUCUUGUCUGCUGUUUAUCUCUCAGUCUUGGCGGUUUUAACAACUCUCGCCAACGGAGUUCUACUCAUAGCUCUCUACCAAGAUCCUUUUAAAGUCUUCCGUCAACCGCCUACCAUCUUCAUCACUGGUUUAGCAGUAGCUGAUUUUUUAACCGGCUUUGCUGUGGAUCCACUUUUCGCCUACUUCUACUUCGAAGUCUAUAGGGACAGAAUGAGCGCGGAACGUUACAAUAGCAUUUUAAAAGCGGCUGGAGUUUUAUCUAGCGUUACAAUGAACGUGUCGAUUCUGACGAUUCUGUUUCUCUCCUGGACUCAAUUCAUUGCAAUUUCGUUUCCUCAUCGCCACAAACAGCUGGUUACAGGCAAAAGAGUCUUGGUUUGCGUUUGCGGAAUAUGGGCUUAUUCCCUGCUGUUUUCGAGCUCACUUCUCAUGGGCGUACCUGAAAAGGCGUUUCAAAAAAUCGACGUCUUUCUGAACCUGACUCUCAUACAUCUACUGGUCCUUUUCGCUUACAUUGCGCUGCAGGUUUCGUACAGGCGUCAGUUAGCGCAGUUGAAUCCUUUGCAAGCAAAUGCCAUUACCUCAAUUCAACUCACAGAUGCCUGGGAGCACCGUCGCAGAAAAGACCAAAGGCACUUUUUUGUAAUAAGCUUGUUACUCGCGACCUGUUUGCUUUUUUUUGUGGCUCCAGUGACUGUAAUGUGGUAUGUUACCCUUUACUAUACACCACAAACUUACGAGGGGGUGGUAAAAGCCACAAUGGCUAAUGUUAUAACAGAUGCGAAUUUAUUUCUUAAGUUCUUGAUCGACCCAUUCAUCUACGCAUGGAGGCUUCCCAAGUUUAGACAAGCAGUGAAGGCGAUUUUCUCGAAAACAAGAUCCUCGAAUAUGGAUUCUAUAACCAUGGUUAGUUUUAAGUCUCGAUUGUCUAGAAAUCAAAUACAUUGAAACAGUUUAAUUUUAAGACACACCGACAGAAAGACCUACAGAACUAAACACGCUUGCUUGAUACUUAGUGGAACGAUCUACUAGAGUAGCUAGUUACCAGGUUAACAUAUGCAAAACUUGAACAGCAUGCAGCCACCAGACACACUGAGAAUAAAAGUUGACUUUGGUCAUUUUUUUGAACAGCUUCCCGCAGUUCCACUAGACCGGAGUUUUUUUUUCUUUAAACCAUUAUCAGAUGAUAUCGCCCAAAAAACGUCAAACAUUGUUAUAUUGUUUUUUUCUUUUAACUUUCUUAAUUAUAAGUUCCCCGGAAAAGUUGCUACUGAAUUAAGAAGACUGCUUCUACCUCUCUUAACCAUUAACAGUCGGUGGGUGAGGUUGAAUUUGUGAAAGUUAAAGACGAAGGCUUAUUUACUGAGGGCAAAUACGUCAAUUAUUGCCCAACUUGAGAUUUUUCAAUGAUUUUGAAUUCUAUGAACUUGAGAAAUUGCUGGGAAUAUUUAUUAUUUUCAACUCGGCAUUGUGCUAUUUACAUCGUUCUUAUACUAUUACUAAGAGUUUAAUGACAUCGCAUGAAAAAUGUGAGAGAAAGAGAAAAAAAGUACUUGUAUGAUGCCAAGGCAAAAUGUGCACCGGGUUUUAGCCGUCAAAAUGUAAAUCAAAAAGCAACUGGCGUACGUAACUCUACUUAGUUUACGUAUAUUAAACGAUUGUCAAGCACCGCUUUGCUCAUUCAGCUUAUAGGCUGCCCGCUGAAGUUCAUUUAUUUGUCAUAAUGAAAGCGAAUUCUAUCGUCUUUUUUUCACAUUUGCUUUUAGAAAGAUAUUAAAACUGAAAGGCGUUUUACUUGACAAUAGUGUCUCUGAGUAAGCCCUGCUGUCACUCAUCUUCGGCUGUGUAUGAUUUCACCUGCUCAUCCUGGUGCCUUUUUUUAUUUAUUUCAGACAACCAAAAUGAAAAAAAAAAACUUUGUCAAUAAGAGACCUAAACUAAUGGUUUCGUUUUACUUCCAGUUUUUUCCUAACAUUUGCACUAGAACUAUUAUAAAUCCAUGAUUUUGUCAGAGAAUUCCCGGCGGCAGAAGUAAUCGACGGGAACGUAAAACAACAAUGAAAGUAUAAAUUAAUCCUUUUCCCAUGUUUGGUUGAAAAGCCGAUAAAACAAAUGUUUUAUUUGGCUUGUUAGGCCAUCAUUUCCCAAACAUAUAGUGUUUCGCUUGGCAUCAGUCGCUUUCUUUAGUUAGAGUGCGUUGGUCGGUUAGGCACUGUCAGCAGGUUAGAGCGCGUUGGUCGGUUAGGUACUGUCAGCAGGCAUAGACUCAAAUAACUGUAUUCGCGCGAUCACCCUGCUCCAAAUACGAUUCCUGCGAAUGUUUAUUUAAACACGACUGAAAAAUUUUACGUGAAACCUUUCUUAAACAAAUAAAAAGAAUGGAAGCGUUUUCUGAAUAAUAAUAACAAAAGGUGAUGCAAAUCGGUUCAUUUAUUUAAAAAAAUCGUAACACGACCUAAACUACGUUCUGGUUGACCGAGGCCCCGUUGAGAAAAGUAGUCAUGGGAAAGAGGAUCACCCUCCCAGCGAAGGACUCGGCCAACAAACAGCAGCCAAGCUGCCGCGUGUUCUAAUUGUCUCGCCCUGAGCGUGUUGACCCUGCUGGGCGAGCCCGAACUCUUAUAUGGAGAAAGGUUGGCCCGCUUAAUUAGAGGGUGACCGUACUGUCACAGAAGGGUGACCCAACAAGGCGGACCACCCUUUAGACUGUUCACAGUCCUCUAUUUUUCCGUAAGAUCAUCGAGAUAGAGCGCUUUGUGUUACGCGCUGCCAUCUUGCAUGAGUGUCAAAACUACUUAGGGGCGGGGGCGGUUUGGGAGGAAGCGCCCUCCCCUCCCUACUUCCCAGAGCUAUAAUUCCCGACGCCCGCCCCCUCGGUACAUUUGAAAAUCAAGAUACGCGUGACGGUAAGACGCGGCAUAUCUAAACGAUCUCACGAAAAAAUAGGGGACUGUGAACAGUCUAGCCACCCUUCCACCCUAGGUAACUUUUUGUUUCUCACGUCAACGAUUCGGCAAUUUUUGUAAGAACAUUUAAUAGCUAAGUGUGCCUUGCCCAGGGUGGCUCGGGUAGGCGAGUGACCCUUCAAACGAAGACUGGAAUCGCCGGAGAGCGGAGGAAAUUCACCCUAGAGGAUGUUGUGAUCAGGCUAAAAGCAAUUAAAGGAAAUUAUUUUCUUUAGACCCAAAAGGGACUCGCCAGUCCGUCUAAGCUAGAUGUCUGUCUUUACCGGCUGCCUGUCGGCGGCAUAUAGCGGUAUUAUACUGCGUGAAGUAUGUCUUGCGUGCCUGAUCGCCUCUUCUGGAAAUUAAUUGUCAAUGAAUAAUUUGGAAUUAAAGUUUUAGAGAGAAAACUGUCUAAACCUUAUCGAAAUAUUGAACCCGUGCCAAAGUAUAUUAUUGAAAUUUCAAUAAUGAGCACAAAAUACAAAAGGGAAAAACAUCAAGCAAUAAAUUUCGCCAUAGCAUGGAGCAGUUCCUUUUUUGAACACUUUUAAUUGACAGGUGAAACUCAAGGAGUUGGCCAAGCCAACCCUACUGACGCAAGUAAAUUUCUGGUUAAGUCUGUCUGCCAAACAGCGCCGAAAUCCUUGUUAGAUUACUCUGCAACGCAAACUAAGUCAGCCAAUCACGCGGCUGAACUAACAAGACUUCAAUGUACCAAUAGAGCGUAUUCACAUGACGUCACGGCGGCCAUAUUGGUGUUUCAAAACAAUAAAAUGGCGGCCAUGUUGGUGUACCAAGACAACCCUGUAGGAAUUGAACUCUUGUCUUAUGUAAAAACUUUCUUUUGUUGGUAUAAAUUAGCAUAGAUGCUGGCCACGAGAGUGAAUACGCCCUUUUCGAAGUCAACAGGUGACUACACAGAACAACCUUUGGAUAAUUAGCCCGUCAGUCUGUUGUUGUGACGGAAUUUAAACGUAAAAGGCUCAUAGCAUUUUAAAUACUAUUUUGAAGAUAGAAUCUGAGUGUUGAUUACCCACAAGCACUGCAUUUACAGGUGCUUAAUCUCGUACCCAGAUCUCCCACGGUCAAGGGAAAAACAGAGUGAGAUCUGGGUACGAGAUUAACAGGUGCUAUGAUCUUGCCACCCUGAAUAUCAGUGAAUAGUUGGAGCAGGUCCUCUUUUAUAAACAAACGGAUAAGAAUUAAACUUGGUAUUUGAAGCCGCUUGAUGAAUUCAACCUCACAAGACAUCAAGGUAUUGUAGACACUGCUUGAUUUAAAAAAAAAAUGGUUUUAGACUUGUAAAAGAAAGGCAACCGUUAAUUAAGCGUGAGGACAAUUGCUGAUGAGUCUUUAGAUAGACUUUUUAGUGGAGUCUAAAAAUCUUGUUGAAAUUACAAUUAGCGAUUCAUCUGACUGAGAGAAUCACAGAGCUGAGCAAACUACUCUCUCCCGAGUCCCUCGGCCAAAGACAGGCUCUUUUCAACAGUAACAGGGAAAUUUAGAGUGGGAAUAUGACAUUAGUGAACAAGAAACAGAAAAUAAAAGGUUGAAAAUUUGAAUAUAGAUUUUUUUGUUCUGGAGAAAAAUAUUGCUUGGAAAACGGGAAUCCUGGGCUUUGAAACCUGGAAUACAGCUCAGGGAAUCCGCAAUUGGAUCCAGUAUCCAAAUUCCACUGACAAAGACUGGAAUCCAUUACAUGGAAUCCACAGUCCACGACUGUCUUAUAAUCUUAAUCUUAUAAGUUACAUGGAGCGAGAAUAUGCUUCAUUCAGAUAAAAUUCCAACAUUUAAACUGCGCAUCUAAGUAAACGGGAGCGCUCAGAAAUUGAAGGUCAAAUUAAGCAACAUUCGUUCGACGAUUUUUAAAACAUCGUCGUUUAUCAGCACCAUGCAUGUCUUUGACACUAGAGUACGUGAGAACAGCUGUAGUAAUUGUUUAAACACACUUCUUCAACCCUUCUUCCAACCAGUACUUUGGUGUCCUCAUUUAUAACAUACUAUGUUGUGAAGUAUUUUGAAUUCAAGACUUAUUAUAUUUUUAAGAUCUACAGUCAACUCUCUCUUAACGGACACCUCUAUAAGACGGACCUAGAGUUGGUCCCUGCUUUUCUUUACUCCUCUUAUUUGACUUUCUAUAAGACGGACUUCUCUCUAACACGGACACAUAGUACCGGUCCCAAAGGUGUCCUUCUUAAGGAGAGUUGACUGUAUCUCAUCUUUUAAUUUUGUGUUUGUUUCAUUGAUCUUGGGUAGGUCAUGGUUAGUAAGAAUUUUGCCACAUGAAUAUUUUCCUGUUUUGAUCUUUUUAUUCUUUUGUGUCUUAAGUGUGUUUAAUUUUGUGGUUCUGUGAUUUAACCCGAGUCUCCGAACUAGCUCGUGUGGGAGGCGCCCGAAUGGUCGAAUACCCUGCAACGCGCCGCGCUAGCUAAGCCGGUGCCUAACAACAUGUAAUUACCUAAUAUUACUUCUUAACACACUUUUUGAAAAAAGAACUCUGAAAUUUUAACGUUCAAUAUAUUUCGUCGCCUACAGAUUGUCCCCGUUCGCUGGACUGUUAGUAAAGAAUGCUGCAUGUUUUUACAAGGUUUGUUGUCAAAGCAACAUUGGAUCUGCCUCGCUUGUUCUUUUGGUAUUGUGAUUUUGACUAUUUACUCAGGUAAGCAUAGAACAGAAUUAGUUGCCCUCUUAGGCCACCCUUUACAAGGAAAAAAGUUGCCCCUAGAAAAAGGGUCACCAGUGGGGGUACUCCCUAUGAUGUCCUAUACGGGAAGGCUCCGCCCGAAAGGGGCCCUUUUUAGGCUUCAGCCCCCCGUUGUUAAAAAGCUGGAUUGCGCUAUCCACCGGAUAAAUCACCUCACGGAUAAGUGUUAGGGAAACCAUUGCGCUAUUCAGUGGAUAGUGAUUUAUCUGCUGGAUAGCGUUAUCCAUCUUUUGAACAACUGGGAUCAGGUUUAUGAAAAGGUAGAGAUUUUUUGAGGUAUAUGAAAGGGUAAGUCUGUAAAUUGACCACAAGAGUGACAGAAGGAAUUUAUGGCUGUGAAAGAGUCGCGAAAAUUGUCUGGUUUUGUGAUUUAUUCAUAUUAGAACUAAAAGACAGUGCAUUUCAAGCAAAUAAAAGGAAUGCUAAGUUGUAAACUAGAUAUGUGAAAGGGAUACCAUUUGACAUUGAAAGGUGUACGAAAGCAGUUCCUUUUCUUCCGAAAAACGGGGUUGGACCUCGGGGUGGAGCCUCCCCACAUAAAACUUUGCUGAGUAACUCCUGGGGGUCACCCUCCCAGCCAAAUCAACUUUAGCGAGCGUUUCAGUCUGGGGAAAAAGUAGACACCUUUGACCGAGCAAAGAGCUGUCAAUAGAACUAGAGCAUACCUAGUCGAAGUUUUGCCCGGCUUGGCGUGCCAAAAUGUUUAUAUGGAGAAAGGUGGAUGGACCCGGCUAAGUGGGUCGCCCUCCUAGCCGAGCUAGCUUCUUGGUUUCUCAUGUAAACGGUGCACCAAGUUUUGUAAGGAAAUAUAGGAAAAGCUGGCUCGCACGGGGUAGCUCGGUUAGGCGGGUGGCCCUGGCUUCCACCCGGAACAAGUUUUGUUUAUAUAAACGGGUUCUUAAGCAACUCUGUGCACCAAGCUUUGGAUUAAAUGUCUCCAGGCCUCCCAUGAUAGUCCCCAUUGGGCGAUCAAGUUUUAUCGCUUUUGAACCACUCUUCUAAGUUCGAAGGUGAAAAGUGAGUUGCACGGCUAUAAGUUGAAAGUUUUAUUUAUCAAAGCUCGGUAAAAAUUAUUCCUAUCAUCUACUCCACAUUCGUAGGACCAGUCCUGUUCCAGUCAAAAAAUCUGUACAGCUAAUCCCUUUUUUUUUCACAUUCUAAAAGUUAAAUUAUGUCUUUCCUUUAUUUGAAGGCUACAAUUGUACAAACAAUGCUCGCUUGGACACACCCAGAGAUCAGCGCACUUUUAACAUCGUACCUGCAAACAGCAACUAUCAGCUAAGAAAAGAAGGCGAUGGCCCUUGCCUUAAGGAUACUUUUAAAGACAUUUUGCUUGUUGUUGUUUACAACUACCCGUUUUACGACAGUAUACCUCACCUUAGCGCGCUUUACAGACCAGCCUUUCCUCAUCUUUUAUUCUGCGGACCUCUUCAUAACACAACUCGCUCUGGAAUCCUCACUGUUAAUAUCUACAGAGGUAUUCUGGGAUAUGAGUGCCUUGGAAGAGCGAUACGUGAACAUCCGGGAUACAGGGGCUAUUUUUACAUCAGCGAUGACGUAAUUCUUAAUUAUUGGAAUUUCCCGGAUUUUGACCGGGAAAAGAUAUGGGAGUCGUCGUUUUCUUUUGGAUCGACUCCGGUUUACGAACCCGCACGCACUGAUUGGUACUGGUGGAUUUCCCCGUACGGUUUAAAUAACUGCCGACGAGCUUGCGAAGAUGUGGCGAAUAUGAAUUUCGGUGAGAAGAAACUCAACGUUAAGUAUCACCUAGGUACUCUCUCCAAGAACAGCAAUGGAAGCCUGCGCUGCUUCAGCGGUCGCUCGGACAUUUUGUACAUUCCAAGAAAGCACGCAAAAGCGUUUUCAAUUCUGGCGGAAACGUUUUAUGAACAAAAGGUUUUCUUGGAAAUUGCUAUACCCACAAUAAUUCGGUUCUUAGAACGAAGUGAGAACAUAGGUCGACUUCCAGGCUAUUAUAUACCGGGAGAUGUCAGAAAGAAUGAUUUUCGAGUGACUGAUAGCAGGUAUUUCUGGUUUGUAUAUUUUCCAAAGAACAAGAUAUGGUUCAUUCAUCCUUUUAAACUUCAUGGACAAGAAAUGGACAAGAAAUUUAACUUAGUUAUGUUAAAAUUCAUUCUCAUAGAAAAAGUGAGAUCGCAAACAAGCUGUACACCCAGUGUGAGGCAGACAAAAAACGUAAUCUGA